GGCGCCUCCAGGUGCUGUGCGGAGGAAGCCAUCUUUGGUCUUCAGCAGCAGCCAGAGAUGUUCUGUGAAGACCAGUCGUUGGAGGCAGUGGGGAAUUCUGCUCCUUGCUGGAGAGGCCUGGAGGACGUCAGUGAAUCCACCGCCCAACAGAGACUCGCCACAACAGAGGCUCGAGAGAGGCGGACUGAGAACAGCAAAGGCCUCACCUGGAGGCCAGACUUUGUGAUCAGCCGGAGAAUCCCUAAGAAACAAGACAAGCCCUACAAAUGCUCUGAGUGUGGGAAAAGCUUUGGCGUGAGCUCAGACAUUAUCCGUCAUCAGAGAAUCCACACGGGGGAGAAGCCGUACAAAUGCCUGACAUGCGGGAAAGGGUUCAACCAAAAUUCCCACCUUGUUGCACAUCAGAGAACCCACACGGGGGAGAAGCCAUAUAAAUGCUGGGAGUGCGGGAAAAGCUUCAGCCUGAGUUCAGAUUUUACCAGGCAUCAGAGAAUCCACACAGGGGCGAAACCGUAUAAGUGCUCAGAGUGUGGGAAAGGUUUCAUUCAGAAAUCACACUACAUUACACAUACAAGAAACCAUACCGGGGAGAACCCAUAUAAGUGCCCCGAGUGUGGGAGAGGGUUCACAUCCAGCACGCUGCUCAUCAGACAUCAGAGAAUCCACACCGGGGAGAAGCCAUUCAAGUGCUCCUAUUGUGACAAAAGGUUCUGUGCCAGCUCGAACCUCGUCACGCACAUGAGAACGCAUACUGGAGAAAAGCCGUUCAAGUGCCCAGAGUGUGGGAAGAGCUUCAGUCAGAAGUCCACCCUGAUCGCACACGAGAGAACGCACACGGGGGAGAAACCCUACAAAUGCUGGUGCGGCAAAAUGUUCAGCAAGAGCUCGGACCUCCUCGCCCACGAGAGAACCCACACGGGAGAGAAACCCUACGUCUGCCCGAGCUGCGGCAAAAACUUCCGGAUGAGUUCUCAUCUGAUAAGACACCAGCGGAUUCACACGGGAGAGAAACCGUACAAGUGCUCGGAGUGUGGGCGGAGCUUCAGUGCUAGCUCACAUCUUAUCAGGCAUCAGAAAAUCCACGUAGGGGGAAACUGAAGAGCUGCAGCAUGGUUGCAAAAAUCCCACUACUGACACAUGAGGGGGUGCAAUUUUGUACAUUUCCUUGGAUGGUAAUUCCUUUGGAAUCAGGGAGACUUCUAAUAAAACUGUUUUGGAUUGCUUUCUUCUGGAAUGCUACCCCCUCAAGAAAAAAAGGUCAGGGUUUUGCCUCCCUCUGUUUAGUGCUGUGUACCACCUGUGCCUGGUGGAUCUCUUUGUCCUUGAAUGGGGACGGUGCUAUGCCCACACAGUGUCACCCCCCUGUAUACACCACUAA